ACUCGGAAGACCGGACUCGCUAACAAUGACUUCGGUGUUUAUAUAGGUGACCCCGCGGCCCUGUUGUGUGCCCUUCUUAUCCCAUUCGUUAUCUCUCGUCCUACUAUAGAUCGUGGGGACUGUCCAAUUGCCGCAGCCCUAUUUGACCCCCACUGCAUUGAUCCAGCCUCAACUCCAAUCCCCCAUUUGACAGUUUAUGAACCUCAACGGUGUUCAGCCUUGACAGUCUAUGUCGACUCGCUUCAGCAGAUGACCCGCAAGGCCAAGGCAACCAUUGCCGUGCUCUCGACCCUGAUCGCUUAUGUAUCCAUCAACAGCAUACUCCACAUAGUCAGACCAAACGCAUUUGUCUGGUGCGUGGAGGACCGGGAAGAGCGGACUUGGAUUGCGAGCUCGCGCUCGUGGUUCGACCGCAAAGCCUGUCGGUGGUUGGGCGUCUGCGGUGCGGCACAUCUGCGUACUGCGCAGGGUCGGUUCGGGCAUCGCGACCCGGCGCAAUGGGCAGAUAUACACAUUGCCGAGCGAGAAGAACCCUGGCGCUCCUUUUGGCUUAGCGGGGAUAACGAGUCCAAGUGGGAUGCCGAAGAGCGGGCUCGGCGGCAGAUCCCGGACUAUGUUUUGAACUAUGCCCCACUCGUCCACCUUUAUUCUAGCGAGCAAUUCUGGCCCGGUGAUAUCGCCGAGCACUUGUACCAUACCACCCCGACGCUGAAUUACACGCCUAUCCAGGCGGAAUGGGAUCAUCCAACUCUGCACGACUUGGAUGAGUUGAAUGAGUGGGAAAGGGGGAGACACGUAUUUUUGACAAGCAAUGAUGAUGUACAGACCCGCCCGCCGUGGCUGGAAGGCGAACGGAAUAUCCCACAAACACAAAGCGACAAGACGCCAGAAUCAUGGUCAGACUGGGAUGGUCGGGUGGAUGGUGAAAUCCCCGGUGACACGGAAGAAAGCCGCGCCGAGUGGUACGAUUUCACCCAAUUGGAACAAGGGACCGACUCUGCGCACGAAUCGAAUUUCAAUGAGCACGCCGAGGCCCAGCAAAUCCUCAGACAAGAGCUCCACAAGCGGUAUAGCGGCAAAAAAAUCCACGAUGACGCUGCUGGUGGCCGAAGUGACGCGCCGGCCAUCUUGGUAGUGAUAGACAAAGGCAAUGGGAUUAUAGACGCAUUCUGGUUCUACUUCUAUAGCUUCAACCUUGGCAACACUGUCGUCAAUGUCAGAUUUGGAAAUCAUGUUGGUGAUUGGGAGCAUUGUUUGAUGCGAUUCCACAACGGCAUACCAAAAGCACUAUUUUUCAGCGCCCACCAGGGUGGAGAGGCUUACAGCUACGAGGCAGUCGAGAAGAUAGGUCAACGACCUGUCAUAUACUCCGCCGAGGGCAGCCACGCCAUGUACGCCACAACCGGAGUACAUGAGUACAUUCUUCCCUGGGGGCUACUGCACGAUGUCACAGACCGCGGCCCACUAUGGGAUCCCCUACUCAACUCACAAACAUACACCUAUGACUUUGACAGUCAGAAUCUGCGCGCAUCAACAUUAAAUCCCUCCGCUCCGACUGAAUGGUUCCAUUAUAGAGGCAAGUGGGGCGACAAGUUCUACCCGCUUGGCGAUGAGCGCCAGUACCGAUUUGCAGGCCAGUAUCACUACGUGAAUGGGCCUCUCGGUCCGAAAUUCAAGCAUCUCAACCGCCACAAGGUCUGCCAAGGCCCUGAUCGUGCCCCCUGCGUUAUCAAGAACUACAUCGAACAAGGGAAGCGGCCCCAGCGGUGGGCGUCAAGUGGGAAUGGAGAAUAA